UUAGGGUAAAUGAAUAUAUAAUUUGUUCAGCCGUUAUAAUUUAUCCCCGUUCUCUGUCGUGAGUUUUGUUUGUCACCCAGCGAAGCAAUUCUUGAAUAGGGUCUACAUGAUCAUCAAUCAGUCGUAGGUUCUCAAAGAAACUACAUUGGAUCAUUUCAUCGUCUUCCUCUUCCCUGAUUGAUUACACCAUUAAACCAUAUUCGAUCAUUUCAUCAUCUUGCCAGCAUCUAUCAGUCUUACCGCAACUCUGAAAGCAGCACGCCAUUGUUAUUACGCAUUCGGUUUGCGAAGUAUUUGACGCAAAAUCAUUCCUAGAAAGCACAAAAGAAUAAAAGAAUAGGGGUGUUGAAGGUGGGAGGUUGGUAGAGAUGUCAGCGCCUUAUUCACCGUGUGCAGCGUGUAAGUUUCUAAGGAGAAAAUGCACUGAAGAAUGUGCGUUCGCGCCAUACUUUCCUCCUGAGCAUCCCCAUAGGUUCGCUGAUGUGCACAAGGUGUUCGGAGCCAGCAACGUGGCAAAGCUACUCAACGAGCUGGAAGUGACACAACGAGCGAAUGCUGCAAAUUCGUUAGUCUAUGAAGCCGAGGCGAGGCUGCAAGACCCGGUCUAUGGCUGUGUGGGCCUUAUAUCCCUUAUGCAGCAGCGGCUUAAGCAUAUACGGUCUGACCUUUAUGUUGCCAAGAAAGAAUUAUCCACUUACAUUGGGCCAUCUGCACUUAUGCCUAUGAUUCCGCAAGGUUAUGACAACAUGCAGCAACAGUCUAAUAUGGGGCCUAUGAUGGGUAUUCUUACAGGGGUUGCUGGAGGCCCAUCUUAUGCAGGCCCAUCUCAUGGGCUUGGUAUUCCUACAGAAGGCCCAUCUUAUGGGGUUGGUAUUCCUACAGGGGUUGCUGCAGGCCCAUCUCAUGGGGCUGGUGGCAGUGGUGGUGGACAGUUGGUGAUCAGAGAAGGGCAGCAACAGCAGCAGUUGAUUCAGGCUCAGCAGCUGGCGGCAUUGUCAGUGAGAGAUGAGCAGGAGAUGAUGAUGAGGAACUGGCAACAACAGCAACAUCAGUUGAUGAGGUUUAAUGAUAGAGGCGGUGGUGGAUAUGAGGGAGCGAUGGGUGUUGCUGGGUUUAAUCAAGUGGGGUCUGCAUCAGCUGCUACAGCCCCGUCUUUGGCACUUGGAUUGACCACGUUUGAUCCUAACGCAUACAAUCAGAUGGGGUCUGCAUCACCUUCUUUGGCUCUUGGAGCUACCACGUUUGAUCCUAACGCAUACAAUCAGAUGGAGUCUGCAUCACCGUCUUUGGCUCUUGGAGUUACCACGCUUGAUCCUAAUGCAUACAGUCAGAUGGAGUCUGCAUCACCAUCUUUGGCACUUGGAGUGACCACGUUUGAUCCUAAUGCGUACAAUCAGAUGGGGUCUGCAUCACCGUCUUUGGCUCUUGGAGUUACCACUUUUGAUCCUAACGUGUAUGAUCAGAUUCAACCACAGAAACAAUCGCAGCUAGAUGACUCAUUAGGGCAGCUGUUAUUUGUUGAGCAGCCAGGUACACCACAACAACACCACCACCAGGGACAUAUAAAACACAAACAUAAUCCUCAACAUCAAAACCUUGUUCAGCAUCAUCGUCUCCAACAUGAAGAUGAUCCUCAACAUCAGCACCUUGUUCAGCAUCAUUGUCACCAACAUGAAGAUGAUCCUCAACAUCAGCACCCUGUUCAGCAUCAUCGUCACCAACAUGAAGAUGAUCCUCAACAUCAAAACCUUGUUCAGCAUCAUCGUCUCCAACAUGAAGAUGAUCCUCAACAUCAGCACCUUGUUCAGCAUCAUCGUCCCCAACAUGAAGAUAAUCCUCUACAUCAGCACCUUCUUCGCCAUCAUUACCAACAUGAAGAUAAUCCUCAACAUCAGCACCUUGCUCACCAACAUGAUGAUAAUCCUCAACAUCAGCACCUUGCUCACCAUCAUCACCAACAUGAUGAUAAUCCUCAACAUCAACACCUUGUUCACCCUCAUCAUCAAUAUGAAGAUAAUCCACAGCCACAACUGCAACGACCUGGAAGCGAAGAGGAUAGGAGUGUUGGUCCAGCUUGUUAGAUAGUAGAGAUACCCAUUUUUUGGAGUUGAUUUGGUUUUGUUUCACAAAAUUCAGUCUCAAGGGGGAUUGGAUGCAUAGGAUUAAAUGCGUGCAGUAGUAUAAUAUAGCAAUGGACAGUAGAAACAGAGGUGAAAAAAGAGAUCUUAGACAUUAGUCAUCUGAAUUUUUGUAAGGCUUUUGUGUGUGUGUUUUUUUUGUUGUUUUAGUUUUGUAAAUUUGAUUAGCAUGUUUCGGAGAGAGACGAGCUUUCUUCAAUUCAAGGAAUGUAUAAAUAUUGAGUAGAGUUAUCGAUCUCUUUCCCUUUCUGUUUCUGUUUCUCUGGUGAAAUUAUAAUAUGAUAAACUUACAUGUUCGAUUUA